AUGACAAGUUUGUUGGAGCAGUUCCUUCUGUGUAAGUAUAAAAUGAAGCAGCCCAUCAUGAAGGAAGACAUGCUGAAGAUUAUCCACCCAAGAUACCAUCACCGAUUUGCCGAGAUUCUCAAGAGAGCCUCUGAACACAUCGAGGCUGUCUUUGCAGUUGACUUGAAGGAAGUUGACUCAACCAUCCACUCCUAUGACCUCGUCAGCAAACUGAACCUGCCCAACAAUGGGAGGGUGUGGGAUGGUAGGGGCUUACCUAAGACUGGUCUCUUGAUGACAGUUCUGGGUGUGAUCUUCAUGAAGGGCGGCUGUGCCGCUGAAGAAGACAUCUGGAAAUUCUUGCAUAUGAUGCGAGUAUAUGCUGAAAGAAAACACUUCAUCUACGGAGAGCCCAGGAAGCUCAUCACCAGAGACUUAGUGACAAUGAAGUACCUGGAGUACGGUCAUGUUGCCCACAGCGAUCCUCCACGUUACGAGUUCCUGUGGGGCCCACGAGCCCAUGCUGAAACCAGCAAAAUGAAAGUCCUGGUAUUUUUGGCAAAAGUCAAUGAUACGGUCCCCAGUGCCUUCUCAUCACAAUAUGAAGAAGCUUUGUGA